AUUUCUCCGAAGACGGUCCUGCAGUGCAAAGCACCGAAGCAAUGGAAUCCACGAACGAGGAAAAAUCCUCCAAGUGAACCAAGAUAGAGACUCCAAGGCGAAAGAAAGAAGUCGGCAAUCUUGUGAUGAGCCAGCAUCUACUACACCCGGGGCUGUGGCCUCUUUGAGCACAGUCGAAAGGAAAAAGGUUAGGGGUUCCAGUAAAAGAAAAUCAGCGUCUAUUCCCGGGGCUGUGGCCUCUUCCGACACUGUCGAGGGGAAAAAGGAUAGGAGUUCAAGCAAAAAAGUUCAGCGUCUAUUCCUGGGGCUGUGGCCUCUUCCAAGACUGUCGAGAGGAAAAAGGAUAGGAGUUCUAGUAGAAGAAGUACGGCGAACAAAACGUCCGGAAGAUCUCCAAGGACGGAAAGGCUCGACAAACACUGAAGCCGUCUUCAGCAUCUAG